AUGGAUAGCUCUUUGAAACGGCCAAACUUUCUAUUCAUUCUCGCGGACGAUCUAGGGUUCUCCGAUAUAGGCUGCUAUGGAUCUGAGAUACAGACCCCAAAUAUUGAUCGACUGGCGGAGGAGGGCGCCCGGAUGCUCAACCACCACGCCGCAGCCGCUUGCUCGCCGACACGAGCAAUGCUAUUGAGUGGGACAGACGCCCACCUCGGAGGACUAGGCACUCUGAUAGAAUUCAAACAAAGCGCGAAGGGCGCGGAGCGGUGGUCAGGCAAAGCCGGCUACGAGGGGUUUCUGAAUCGCGAUGUGGCAGCCCUACCUGAGAUCCUCGAGGACAACGGGUACUUUACUGUGAUGUCCGGCAAGUGGCAUCUAGGUAUGCGGACUUCGCAAGGACCAUGGGAGCGCGGCUUCCAGAAGGCCUUUGCAAUGCUCCCUGGUUGCUGCAAUCAUUACGGAUGGGAGCCAGUCCAGGAGAAAUUCCCUAUUGGUGGCAGACCAAUCCAUGCUGAGAUGGGAAAGAAAGUAGAUUUAACACCGAACAAGACUGAGGACCCCGACGGUUUUUAUUCGACAGACUACUAUACCAACCAGAUGAUCAAGUAUUUGGAAGAGCGAUCAGAGGAUGAAAAAUCGAAACCAUUCUUCUCGUUCCUACCAUACACUGCCCCCCCAUUGGCCUCUGCAGUGUUCCCGCGCACAGCAUACAAGGGAGUCUAUGAUGAUGGCCCAUACGCCCUCCGCGAGCGUCGGCUGAAGAAGCUCGUCGAAACAGGCAUCAUCGACGAAGCGAUCGUUCCACAUGAAGUAGAGACGAGUAGAGUUGGGGCCGGAGAAUGGGAUUCCUUCACACCAGAAGAAAAGAAGCUGUCAGUACGCGCGAUGGAAACAUACGCAGGCAUGGUUGACUCUAUCGAUUUGAAUAUUGGAAAAAUCAUCGAAUAUCUGAAAAGGACAGGCGAGUACGACAACACUUUUGUCGUUUUCAUGAGCGAUAACGGGGCAGAAGGAGCGGCAUUGGAAGCUGUCCCUGUCUUAGGCGCAGACAUCAAGUCUGCGAUCCACAAAUAUUAUGAUAAUUCAUACGAGAACAUCGGUGCUUACAACUCAUAUACGUGGCUUGGUCCUCUAUGGGCACAGGCAUCGACCGCACCCUCGAGGCUCUUCAAAUGUUUCCCAUCCCAGGGGGGCAUUUUAGUUCCCUGCGUAAUCAAGCCUCCUGCAUGCAGCUUUCCCCAAUUAUCUCCAGGCUCGUUUAUUCAAUCCUUCACAACAGUCAUGGAUUUUGUUCCCACGUUUCUUGACUUGGCUGGUAUAUCCUUACCACUGCCGGCUACCAGUGGCACUCGAGCGAUGUCCAAAUUUCGCGGCAGAGAUGUGCACGCCGUCCGAGGCAAGUCGUGGGAGCCGUUCUUUAGUCGUGGUGAAAGCGUCGAGAAUAAUUUGAAUUGGGCAAUUCAUUCCUCUUCAGAGCCUAUUGGAUGGGAGCUCUCUGCUCGUGGAGCAUUGCGCAAAGGGGACUGGAAGAUUGUACAUUUUGCGAAGGCACAAGGAGGUGCUGGAGAGGGAGACGAUGGAUGGGAAUUAUUUAAUCUCUCACAGGACCCGGGGGAGACAAAGGAUCUGGCGCAGGAAGAGCCGGAAAUUCUCCAGGAACUAUUGAAAUGUUGGGAAGAAUACGUCAUUGAGUGUGGGGUUGUUUGGGGAGAAAAGGCCGCGGCACCAGGGUUGAGUGAAGAUGAAGCACCAGAGCUGUGGGAGGAUGAAACGGAGCUACAAAAGGGCUGGAUGGAGGCUCGUGGGGGAGUUCAGCCUAAUUGCUAG